AUGUUAUUCUACUUUUCACUGGCGAUCCCAUUCUUCGGGGUUUUCGCCUUCAUCACCUAUGCCGCCCUCCUUCUCGCCUUCUACGCCCUGACCUACUACAAGCCCUUACCCGACACCUGCGUCGACUGUCUCCAAUGUGGCAACUAUAUGCUUCAGGCCGGCCUCUUGAAAUGGCUAUGGAACUGCUUCCUCCUCUUCGUCAUUCUUGGAGUGUCUUGGUACGUCUGGACCGGGCAUUCCACGCCUAGGCUACAGUUCUCGGAAGGGAUAGCGUGGAUCGUCAGAAGAUGCCAUACACUGAGGAAGGGCUUUUGGCCGACCUUUGGGGCCUUCGACGGCCACAGUCAGUCGACCAUGUUUGCAUUCUGGCCCGGAAUGUCCCUGGCGCUGAGGAGGGACACGGUGGAGUUCGAAAGAGAGGAUUUGACCCUAGAGGACGGCGGCACUAUCGCGCUAGAUUGGUCAGUGGAGUCUGAGGACGUCCCUGAAGAUGCGCCCAUCCUAAUCCUCCUACCUGGAGUAGUAGGUGAGUCUCACAACCCCUAUAUGAAGUCUCUGAUCCACUAUUGUCGUUGUCGUCGGAAGUGGCGAUUUGUAUGUAAGAAUUGGCGCGGCUUUGGUGACUCGGAACUCACAGACGAGAAGCAAGUCCCCGAAGCAUGGGACGCACGCAGCGUAAAUGAUCUGUAUCAAUGUAUUCAGCAUAUCCAUAAAAGAUAUCCUCAAGCCAAGGUGCUUGGUUGUGGCUUCUCUCUAGGAGCUAGUACUAUGUCGUCUCUUGUGGGCUACUACAAGGAGGAGCUCAAGGGUAUCGUCGCAGGGGUGGUGUGCAUCUCUGGGCCGUGCUCCUACGAGACUGCCCUCAACCGUAUGUACCAUCUCAAGCCUCUACCCUAUGAUUGGAUCAACAUGAGUGUCCUGUGGAAGAACAUGAAAAAGUAUGUGGAAAGUCCCGAGUCGAGGUGGCGAGACACCUUGGGUGACAAGCAGUUGAUGUUGAUUGACGAGGUUAUGUCUCAGCGGCAAAGUGCCAAGGAAUUUUAUAACAUGUUAUUGCCGGCCAACGCUUGGGUUUGGCACAACCUUGUGACGAUCAAAUUCCUCGGGUAUAAAACAGUAGAGGAGUACGCCCGUGAGAUGAGCCUUUACGGGCUGAAGGCGCUCUCGAUGAUAGAGACGCCGACACUACUACUGUAUGCUGAUGAUGAUCCAGUAGUACCGCCUUACUCGACAUGGGAAUAUGAGGCUGAAGCCAAGGACAGUGCAGGCUGUGUUGUGGCUAGAUGCCCUCGGGGUGGCCAUUGUGGCUUCUUUAGUGGUAGUAAAGGUUAG